AUGGCAUUAAAAACCUUGGGCGCAAAAGCGGCCGUUGCACUCGACCAGGAACUGAUGAGCACUUGCGCCUUCUCCAUAGACCAGUUGAUGGAGUUGGCUGGCCUAUCAGUCUCACAAGCUGUAUUCAGGGUCCAUCCCCUUGAGAAGGGUCCUCGGAUUCUGGUUGCCUGUGGUCCUGGGAAUAACGGGGGUGAUGGCCUCGUUGCCGCCAGACACCUGUUUCAUUAUGGCUACUCGCCAACGAUUUUCUAUCCAAAGAGGAGCAAGAAUGAACUGUACCAGCGUCUUGCCAAGCAACUUGAGGAUCUCAGAGUUCCCUUCGUAGAUGAUUUCCGCACAGCCCUGGAUUCCACGGAUCACGUUGUCGACGCGAUUUUCGGGUUCAGCUUUUCAGGCGAAGUUCGGGAGCCAUUCCCGGCGGUGAUCCAAGCCCUCGCGGACACAAAGGUCCCCGUCACUUCAGUUGAUGCUCCUUCGUCGUGGGAUAUUGAAAACGGGCCUCCAAAUUCCGGGUUAGGUAGUAACUUUAUGCCUGCGACUCUCGUUAGCCUCACGGCACCGAAACCGCUUGUGAAGCACUUCACAGGGCGACACUUUGUUGGGGGAAGAUUUGUCUCUCCCAUGAUUGCAAAAAAAUAUGAUUUUGAGGUUCCCGAGUAUGAGGGCCUUGACCAGGUAGUCGAGGUCGCUGCGGAUGGCCACCGGCUCUAA